AUGAAGAUAAAGCCGCUACUGGCGGCACCAACAUAUUUCAAAUCUCAAGAGAGAAUCACGAAAACAAUUGUUAGCACCAAAAUUCGGAAGAGUACGAGUCGCAAGCGCAAAAACUGCUUGGGUGAUGGUACCGAGGCCGUUGUUUCCGAUCGUCCACAAGUCACCAAAAUGGCAUCCAAAAUGCAACAGUCCUCUCUGGUCACAGCCACCUAUAAUGAUACAUCGCAGAUGGCAGACAUAGCCAAGAGUCUGCACAAAACAGAAGUUCCAGUUACUCAGUCCCUCGUGUCCACUACGAUCGAUUUCCUGACAGCGAGGAAAUGGACCAUGGAUGAUUUGAAAAACUCCGAGUCAUUUAAAGAUAUUCCAUCAAAGAUCGGAUUGGAGAGACUACGUCGAGAGAUUUUUAUUUUUGAGAACAUCGGCGUGGUUUCAUUCCACCUUUUGAAGCAAGUAAUCUCAAAGAACGACCUAGAUAUCUUCCAGCAGGUGGUGACUUCUUGGAUGCGCUCGAUAGAGUCAGGCAGCAUGGAAGAUGUUGAAAAGACUACAGGAGCGGUAUCUUCUACGGCAGAGCGAUUGAAGACGUUCUUAGAAGUAUACAAGAUCCAGACAGGGUUCAAGAGUUGGACCAGCAACAGAUUGAAACUCCUAUUGCAGAGCAUCACUAUCAAGGUGAACGGGGAUGUUGCGAUUAAAGACCUGGAUCAAUCUGAUCUCAAAGGCGACGAAUGGACUACCUUUGAAAAUGUUACACUCCACGUGCAAGACUUUAAUGCGCGUAUCAAUCCAGCCAGGCUCAGCAUCCUUUGGGAUAAUUUCCAUUCAGAGCAUGAAAGAUCCAAGACGGACAACAUGGCCAAAAACGAAGCUAUCGAGGGUGAUUCUGCUCUCGUGGAAUAUGCUGUGAGUCUGAUGAGUGAAAAGGCAAGGAUCCUCAACAACAUACUUCUCAGACAAAAUGUCCUCAAAGAAGCUGGAAAGGAUGCAAGUCAAGCCAGAGCUGCGUUUACCAAGGUGUCGUUGCUACCCGAUAUGAAAUCGUAUCUAGGCACAUUGCUCACUUCGAGCCAGGAGUGGACGAAAGAAGCAGCUGAAGACUUAGGUGACAGUCUCGUCCAAUUCGGAAUACAUAUCAGAGACUUACUUCAAGAAGGUUUGAUAGAACCACUUGCUGCAGAAAUCCAAGCUGAGGAGGACUUGGCAAACUAUCUGAGGAACUCCCCAGAUUCGUUGAUCCUGGCUGGGGUCAAUGCUGUCCUCAAUGAACUCACCUCAUCUGGCGGUGACCACAUAUACAUUAAAUGA